AGCAUUUUCAAUGGCAAUUCUGUUCGCCGUCGGUGUCUUGGCUGUGCCAAGUCCUGCUGUCCCUGAUCCCGCGGGCGUUAAGAACAUCGGAAACGGAGCUGGUGUACAGUUCAUCGGAGGAGAGUGUCUGAGCUCGGCAGACUGUGCAUCAGCGUGUUGUGCCUUUAACAACAAUGGCGGCGGCAUCUGCUCAGGGGUUGGAGCUCAAUUUCAAAACGGAAAGACAGGAUGUGGCUUUGGAGACAAUGGCGCUGCAGCUCCGGCUACAGGUAACGUCGCAUCCGGUAGUGUUGACACGUCCGCUCCUGGGAGCCAAAACGUUGGCACAGGAAAUGGGCAGCAAUUCAUUACGGGGCAGUGCUUGAGUGAUGCUGAUUGUGCUUCGAGCUGCUGUGCAGGGCCCAAGGGUGCCUGCUCUGCCGCCGCAGUGGCUUUUGACUCUGGGAAAACAGGCUGUGGUUUCGUCGGCACAGCUUAGACCUGAAAUUGCAGACUUUCUUGGAUAUGUCUCCGUGGGCAUUUUUGAACACCCCAUGGUAUAUCCAAGAGCAUGACGAGGAACACGAUUUGGGAACACGGAAUGGGGUUAAUGAGCAUGCAAGACAG